UUUCCGUUAUGCGAACCCCGUUUUGUUUCCGUUGUUACAACGAACCGUCUCGCUUCAGACGCCGAUCAUUACUUCUUCCAGUAAUUUCAGUGGCGUUGUAUCGUAAAAAUUGCUUGAGAUCCGUGUUAGAAAGUAAUAGUUCAUUCCAUUAAUAUUCAGUAUGGUAGGGACAAGAGUCUAUGUUGGGGGACUUCCAUACGGUACCAGGGAAAGAGACCUUGAGAGAUUUUUCAGAGGCUACGGUCGUUUCCGGGAUGUCCUUAUCAAGAAUGGUUAUGGUUUUGUUGAAUUUGACGACUACAGGGAUGCCGAUGAUGCUGUAUAUGAACUAAAUGGAAAAGAGCUAUUAGGAGAAAGAAUUACUGUAGAGAGGGCCCGGGGGACACCUAGGGGUAGUGACCAGUGGCGCUAUGGUGACUCCCGUGGUGGUUAUGGGGACUCGAGGCGAUCUGCCCGAGACGAUAUGCGGCACGACAGAGAUAGUGUGAACAGAAACACGAGGACUGCAUCUAGCUACAAGCAAUCAUUGCCCAGAUAUGGACCACCAACACGCACCGAGUAUCGCCUCACCGUGGAGAAUCUAUCAAGUCGUGUCAGUUGGCAGGAUUUGAAGGAUUAUAUGCGACAAGCUGGAGAAGUAACUUACGCAGAUGCACACAAACAACGCAGAAAUGAAGGAGUUGUAGAAUUUGCUACAUAUUCAGACCUGAAAAACGCUAUAGAUAAACUAGAUGACACAGAAUUGAAUGGACGUAGAAUCAGGCUUAUCGAAGACAAGAGGCGCGGUCGUCGUUCAAGAUCUUCGAGUUCGAGAUCCAGAUCACGAUCGCGCUCUCGAUCUCGUCGCCGAUCCCGCUCCCGCUCAAGGUAUAAUCGUCGUUCUCGAACCCGAUCAAGAAGCCGCAGAAGCUCUCGUAGUCGCAGCCGACGAAGCAGUCGUUCAAAAUCAAGAGCACACUCAAAAUCUAAAUCAAAAUCCAAAUCCAAGUCCCCCGAACGUAGUCGCUCACGUUCAAAGUCAAAAUCAAGAGACCGCUCAAAGUCGAAAUCUAAGUCAAAGUCCAAAUCCAGAUCUCGUUCUAGGUCCAAGGCUGAGAGGUCAAAAUCCAGGUCGCAGUCCAAAUCAAAAGCCAAGUCUCCCUCAAAGGAUAGAUCCAGCCGUGAACGAUCGAGAGGCGACAGGUCCCGAUCUCGAUCAGGAAGCAAACAUAGCAAAAGUCACAGUCCCUCCCAUUCGCCUAUGAACGGAGAUAAAUCACCAGAAAGCAACAAACAAAAAGUUGUUGACUGAAUGAUGAAGGGAUUUUUAAACGGAACUUAACGCCAAUCUUCCGUUAUUUUUCUUUUUCUUUUUCUUUUUUUUUAUAUUGAUUCAUAUUCAAGAAGCCGAUUUGAUUUAAUUGAUAGCGAAUAUACAGACUCCAUGGUGUUUAAACAUCGUACAUGACGAAAAAAAAUGUGUCCUAUACAUUUUUCGACAGAAAAAAAAAUAUUAAAUGCUACAGCAUUAAUCGCCUACAUAAUUGGCUUGAAAGUAAUAUUAUAUUUAAUUAAACCAAUUCAGUAUCAUUGGUUCUCUGUUUAUUGUAAAUUACACAAAAACAUUUUAUAAGCCAUCUCACAAGUAUCUAGGAAAUUAAGGUUUCUUUGUACCUUAAACGGUCUCUACACAUUUUGGAUGUAUCACCGUAUACAUAACAUAGGGAACCCCUUAUAAUGGCUUUUUGUAUAUAUUGCUAAGAGUUACUUUACACUAAGAAGAUAAUAUGUGAUGUGUAUUAAAUUUUAGAAAUAAGAAACAUCAGAUUAUCAAUAAAGCACUUGUGUCAAUCCA